UUUGAACAAAUUCUCCGCUCCCCCUUCUCCUCCUCCGAAAUCGCAGAAAUCAGGGUUUUAGGGUUUUAACCCUCACCCUCUGCAUUUUCUGGUUCGAUUCGGUUGUUAGGGUUUUUUCGUCGAAGACAAUAAUGUACGGAGAAUCGAUCCAACAGCCUCCGCCGCUGCAGCUGCAGCAACAUCCCGGCGGCGAUUUCUACAGAGGCCCACCGAUGCCGCCUCCGGCGAUGAUGCGGCCGUCUUCGGCGACUUCCACAAUUGUCAAUCAGGACUAUCACCAUUCUUCGGGCCCAACUCCGCACGACGCUCAUGGUGAUGGGUUUGGAGCGAAAAGAAUGAGAAAGCAUACGCAGAGAAAAGCCGUGGAUUAUACGAGCACGGUUGUGAAAUAUAUCCAGGAUCGAGCAUGGCAGCGAGAUUCAAGGGGCAGAACUGCUUUGCAACCAACCCCAGCUGCAGCAGUUGAUAUGUUACCCCCAGCUGCCUAUUCAGACAACCCUUCAACAAGCUUUGCUGCAAAACUUGUUCACACAUCUCUGAACAAAAACCGCUGUUCAAUCAACCGAGUAUUGUGGACUCCUUCAGGAAGACGUCUCAUCACAGGCUCCCAAAGUGGAGAGUUUACUCUCUGGAACGGGCAAUCGUUCAAUUUUGAGAUGAUUCUCCAGGCACAUGAACAGCCUAUAAGGUCAAUGGUAUGGAGCCAUAAUGACAACUGGAUGGUCUCUGGCGAUGAUGGGGGCACCAUAAAGUAUUGGCAGAACAACAUGAACAAUGUAAAGGCCAACAAAACUGCUCAUAAGGAAUCAAUUCGUGAUUUAAGUUUCUGUAAGACAGAUUUGAAGUUCUGCUCGUGUUCUGAUGAUACAACUGUUAAAGUUUGGGAUUUUGCACGAUGCCAAGAAGAACGAUCUUUAACUGGCCAUGGUUGGGAUGUGAAGAGUGUUGACUGGCACCCCACAAAGUCCCUUUUGGUUUCCGGUGGGAAAGAUCAGCUUGUAAAACUCUGGGAUGCUAGAAGUGGGAGAGAGCUUUGCUCUUUCCAUGGUCACAAAAAUAUAGUGCUUAGUGUGAAGUGGAACCAAAAUGGCAAUUGGCUUCUAACAGCUUCAAAAGAUCAAAUAAUUAAGCUGUAUGACAUUAGGGCUAUGAAGGAGCUUGAAUCCUUUCGUGGACACAAGAAAGAUAUUACUUCAUUGGCAUGGCAUCCCUUCCAUGAAGAAUACUUUGUAAGCGGGAGUUUUGAUGGAUCCAUUUUCCAUUGGAUUGUGGGGCAUGAAAACCCCCAGGUUGAAAUUGCAAAUGCUCAUGGUAAUAGUGUGUGGGAUCUCGCCUGGCAUCCUGUCGGGUAUCUUCUCUGCAGCGGUAGCAAUGAUCACACAACAAAGUUUUGGUGCAGAAAUAGGCCUGGAGACACCCCUCGUGAUGUCCCUACUCUGCAGAACCAAGGCUAUGGCGAACAAAAUCUGUCAUUUGGUAACCGUCUGCCCAGUAAUUUCCAAGCACCUGAGGCGCCACUGACUCCUGGAGCAUUUGUUCCUGGGUUGACGCGGCACGAGGGAACCAUCCCAGGAAUUGGAGUGGCAAUGCCAUUUGAUGGAUCCUCUCAAGGAGAACAUAAACAGCCUCUUCCAGGUUCGAUGCAAUUGGGGGCUCCUCCACUGCCACCUGGUCCCCACCCAUCUCUUCUUCCGAUCGGUCCACAACAAGGAUAUCAACAGAACUCUCAGCCGACGCAGCAACAACAACACCAAGGACUUCCCCAGCAAAUGCCAAUGCCACCUUCCAAUAUGCCACAACUUCAGCCUCCUGCACAUAUGCCCUUGCUCCCUCAUCCGCAUCUACCCAGGCCUCCUCAUGGUAUGCCUUCGCCAAUGCCGCCUUCUUCAAUGCCUAUGUCUCAUCAGAUGCCAGGGUCAAUGGGAAUGCAAGGCGGAAUGAACAAAAUGAAUCCUCAGAUGCCUCAAGGUCAUUUUAUGGGCAUGAAUCCGAGUAAAUCUUCAGUAGGAUUCCAAGGACCACCGAACGCUGGUGGACCUCAAAUGUAUCCUCAAGGCGGUGGCUUCAACCGUCCCCAAGGUGGGCAGAUGCCGAUGAUGCCAGGAUUUAAUCCUUACCAACCGCAACCUGGGAAUCAGCCUGGUAUGCCGCCGCCACCUUUGCCUCCAGGCCCUCCACCAAAGGGAAACCAGUAGCAUCAAUGGCCCGAAAAUCGAACUUGUACUGUUACAUGUACAUUUGUUUUGUCGGUAUACUGCUUUUACGAUUGUUGUGACGUUUUUUUAACUUAUUUUUCUUAGGGUUUAUGCUUGCUUCAGAAGCAACACAAUCACAGCUCGGUCCGUGCAAGGUAACAGAUUUAUUCAGAGCAACACAAUCACUGCUCGAUUCGGUUAUUUUUUAUUAUAGAAAAACUAUAACCAUUUGGGGUUUAUAUAAACUUCGAUUUGGUU